CUGGGCCUCCUUCUCGGUCUCCUCCCUGGCAGUGCGCGGCUGGGCAGCGAAGAGAGAGGAGCGUUCGUUCCUCGCUCCGGAGUUUGGCUGGAAGGAGAGAAAGAGAGAGAAGAGAGAGGGGGUCGUCGGGGGCGGAGAUGGGCCUGUCCCGAAAAGAGCCUUUCCUCCUCCUUCUUGGGGUGUCCGCCCUCCUGCUGGGGGGAUCCGCCGGCUCCUCCUCCCACUCCCUGCGCUAUUUCUCCACCAUUGUCUCUGAGCCUGGCCAGGAGGUGCCCCAGUUCUUCUCGGUGGGCUACGUGGACGACCAGCAGUUCGUCUCCUAUGAUGCCAAAGCCAAGAGGCGCGUCCCCGCAGUGCCCUGGAUAAGGAAGGUGGACAAGGACGACCCUCAGUACUGGGAGCGGAACAGCCAGAUUGUGUGGAAUACUGAGCAGGUCUUCCGAGGGUCCCUGGUGAAUAACGCCCGGUAUUACAACCAGAGUGGAGGGUCUCAUACCUGGCAGCUGAUGUAUGGCUGUGAGCUGAGGGGAGACGGGAGCAAAGGAGGAUACCGACAGUUUGCCUAUGACGGGAGGGACUACAUCAGCUUUGACAAGGAGACCCUCACCUACACGGCAGCCGAUGUCCCAGCCCAGAACACCAAGAGGAAGUGGGAGGCUGAACCUGCCAUUGCCCAGGGCAGGAAGGUCUACCUGGAGGAGAUCUGCAUUGAGUGGCUGCAGAGAUACCUGGACUACGGGAAGGAGUCCCUGCUGAGGACAGACAAGCCAGAAGUGAAGGUGACACGCAAGGAGGACUAUGACGGCAUGGAGACCUUGAUCUGCCGGGUGGGGGGCUUCUACCCCAAGGAGAUUGACAUCACCUGGACCAAGGAUGGGGAGGUCUGGAUGCAGGAUGUCUUCCAUGGCCUGGUGUCCCCCAACUCGGAUGGGACUUACUACACCUGGCGGAGCGUCACGGUGGACCCCAAGGAGAGCGAACGCUACAAAUGCCACGUGGAGCACGAUGGGCUUCCAAACCCUGUGGAUGUGGCCUGGGAGGAGCCUGCCUCCAACUUGGGGCUCAUCAUUGGGUGUGUCCUGGGGGUUCUCCUCCUGAUAUCUGUGCUCGCUGGGAUUGCUCUGUAUUUCAGUGAGUAAAUUCUGAAUGAAUUU